AUGGACCAAGAUCCAGGCUCCACGCAGCUUCCUGUUUUGAAGCCUACGGAGCAUGUGAACGUCCUGCAAUACAACACAUAUGAGGGUAUGGAAACCGCAGGUGCUGCCGGCCUUGUGUAUGCUGCCACAACGUCUUUGCGGUCGCUUCCACCAAAGAAAAACUUCGCGCACGCCUGGGAUCUAGCUGUUCCAGUGCUAAAGGAAGCCCCGCUGUCAGCCGCUGCGUAUGGCAACACUAAAGCGGUGCUCGAGGAUGGGACUAUCUUACAGAUGGAUGAAGAAUUGGCAGCGAAGGUGAGCAUUAUGGUCAAGGAUAUGCUUAUGCACAUCUGCAUGCAGAACGAUCUUAAGAUUCACCACACCAAGUUCAAAGACAAUCCACUUCACGAAAUCGAUAUCGCCGCAAUGUUGAAGACUGAAACCACUAGGAAGCCUUCAGAUCCGUUGGAUGCCAUGAGCGUUUCGAUGCGCAAGUCACUAACAUUCGCCAUCUGA